CCACCGCGUCCAGUUCAGGUUUCCAUCAUGGCGUCAAUGCAGAAACGGUUACAAAAAGAGCUGUUGGCUUUGCAGAGUGACCCCCCGCCUGGAAUGACCCUGAAUGAAAGGAGUGUCCAAAAUACAAUCACUGAGUGGUUUAUAGACAUGGAGGGAGCACCGGGCACCCUGUACGAGGGGGAGAAGUUCCAGCUUCUCUUCAAGUUCAGCAACAGAUACCCGUUCGAUUCACCUCAGGUCAUGUUUACGGGCGAGAACAUCCCCGUCCAUCCACACGUGUACAGUAACGGGCACAUCUGCCUGUCCAUCCUAACAGAGGACUGGAGUCCGGCGCUGUCCGUCCAGUCCGUGUGUCUGAGCAUCAUCAGCAUGCUGUCCAGCUGCAAAGAGAAGCGACGGCCUCCUGAUAACUCCUUCUACGUACGGACGUGUAACAAAAAUCCAAAGAAAACAAAGUGGUGGUAUCACGACGAUACAUGCUAGUAGUUCGGGGACUCGUAGCGCGCUCCGGUCGCGGACGGACUCACGGACGGUACACCUGCACUUUUUUUCCAUAUUCGGUCUCGGGCGUCGGACUGAUCGGACCUCUGCGGAGAGAGAGAGGAGUCGCUGGGAGCGUGAAACUUCAGCCUGCUGAAACAAUAACCUGACACCACUCCAGGAAUGUAAACAUGAUCAGAAGCAGGAGGUUCUACUAGUGUUUAGGGAUUAUUAUUAUUAUUUUUAUGAUUAUGAUUAUUUUGGGUUCGUUUGACGUCUUUCCACUGACCGAGCCGAGCCGGUGCUGGUGCAGAGAAACGUGUGUGUGUGUGUGUGUGUGUGUGUGAGAGAGCUGGUGUACGGUGUCGGGGUUUCGUCCUGCGUCCUCAGGGAUCUUUACCAGGUUUCACUGUUCGGUGUCAGAUGGAACAUCUAUGCAGUAUCGACAGCAAUUUAAAUCAAGGGUUUUAUUUAGUAGUCGCAGACUCGUGUUCCAGACCACGCCCGGGAUUGAAUUUUUUGGCUGCUGUAAUGUCAGGGUGAACAAACUUUUCCCAGCGAUCAGUGCUGGAUUAUCCAAAAAUGUUCCUCAUUCCAUUCCAGCCGGUCCCUCUCCCCCCUCGUCUCAUUAGGUGCUAAUUAUUAUCGAGGGUCACGUUUGUGUAUCUGAGCAGUGAAUGUACUGGUGGAGUGAAAACACUUCAGGGUUUGGUGGAAUGUAAACAAUUCAGUCCAAUUUUGGGACUCUUUUGAGCAGCCCUCCUCAAUCAGGAUCCAGUAUCGGGGUCUGCAGCAGUACAGUAGACACGGCUGGGGAAUUGGAUACGACUAAAUUGGGAGAAAAGGAACAAAAUGCAUAAAAGAGAAUGAAUAAGAAGUGGUUAGAAGUUUAAGGUACUAGACUAGUAAUCAAAAGGGUGCUGGUUCAAGCCCCAAAUAAAUAAAUAAAUAAACCCAAAUAAAUAAAUAAAUAUAGAUCUCAAAUGUGUUUAGCAAUAAUUCCAUAAAGCUGGGGGUGACGUGGCCACACCUACUGUGUCAUUUAAGUCCUAAUUAAUGAUUUAUUUAAGAUAAAUGAGCAGAAUAAUAGAUGUUCAGUCAGCACUGAUGCUGGGAAACGUCUGUUCACCUCAGUACUGCUGUGACUGUAAAACUCCAUCAUCGUUUAAAUCAUUCUCGCGCCUCCAGUCCUCGUCAUGAAGAAAUUCCCCCCGCGUCCGUAUCCAGGCCCCCGGUUUCAGCCCCAGCACCGACCCGGUCUCAGUGGAAAAGUCUUCUUUCCUUUUCUCUCUCUUGAUUUUACGUUUCUGCAGGUUGAUGAUGAUUAUUUUGUGCAGUAAAUCAUCCGCAUGCUUCCAGCCUGUCCGAAUCUAAACUGCUCAAACUACUGUACGAGUGGAGGCGUUCGAAACGGAGACACACGCCUCGCGUCAUGUGCACUGUGAACUGUAGGGGGCGCCGUUCGGCUCUUAGUUGUGAUCGUAGAAGAAUGAAACCUUAGUUUAGCCGUGACCAGGCAUGUGCCGAUAGGUGUGUUUAGAGCGGCUCUGCAGCAUUUAGUGAACCCUUCAAUCAACCAUUAUACCCUGUGUAUGGGGCACUACCAUCCUGGAAGAGACCACUCCCAUCAAGGUAGUGCAUACUCGUUAUUUUAUGUUGAUUUGCAGGUCCUCUUUCCUCUAAUAAUGACGAGCAAACUGCCUCCCAGAGCAUAACACUUACACUGCUUAAGCAUUCAGGCUUGUUCUGUUCUUCUGGUGUAUGCCCCACAAGCGACUGAAGCUCCUGCCAUCCGUGCCCCAGUAAUAACCCUCACAGAUUGCUUCCCUUCACAUUCCAGCUCUGAUUGGUCAGAUUAAAGGCGCACUGGGUCAAAUUUAGGGGUCUUCAGGUGACCGUUGGAUCCCCACAGUGUUGGUUAUUUAGCGUGGGAGUCCGCCGUGUUUGCAUUUUAGCAGUGCUGGAACCUCGCAGCAUGUCAUGCCUCUGCGCACCGUUAAAAAGUUCACGUGUCGGGUCUCUGGUUCCAGUCUCGGCUGCUCGACUUGUAUGAUUGGUUGAUUGGUUUUAGCCUCCUUCCUGCUGCAACAGCGACUCCUGCUGUCUGGUCGAGGCACUGACACGAUGAGGUGCUAACUGUUUAGGCUCACUCUUGAAAUCCACCACUGACCGGUGUGUGCUAACCCUUCUCGACCAGCAGAGGUCGCCAGAGUGCACAGGAAGACUGGGUGUACAGGUGCUAGUGUGUACCGUCGGCACGUGCCUGGUCUGGAUUUACCACAGACAGAGGAACCAGCGUGGGCGUUCGUGAUUUUGGGCGUCAGGAUUAGAAGCAGCUCUGGACGCGCGGUGAGGGUGAGACGUCGUAAACGCUGCGGUUCUGGUUCCGCAGGCUGAUUUUAUUUCUUUAUUUUGGCUGAUUAAAGUCCUGAUGAAGAAACCGGAUCAGAUCUGUCGGAGCGCCGCGUGUCUGUCGCAGGUUUACGUAGGAUUUUCGGCUGGGGCUUUAGGGCUAGUGUACCUUCGGUUUAAAAAUGUGUGACGCUCUAUGUUUUUGUUAUUUAUCAUUAUUUAAAUGAAAUGUUCUAAUUCCAAAUAUAUAUAAUAUAUUUUGAAAUGA